AUGUCGUUCUCCGGCUGUCUUUAUAUACUUGAUGGACGUUUCAAUAAACUUCACACACUUCAUGUUGAUGUUACGUACAUUUUUGCUUCAGAUUUUAGAAACAAUAAUCAGGAAAAAUUCCCUAUACCUAAUAUAAGAUGUUUUUCAUUAUACUGUCAAGAUAUAAUAAAUGUUUAUGAUGAAUUAAUUGUACCAUAUCUACAACGAAUGUCGAAUUUAGAAAAACUCACUUUGAAUCUUGCUACUUAUGUCAAAAAUACAUUUGUUGAUGGAAAUGAAUUGAAUCAGAAUAUUGUUAGUUAUAUGCCGCGAUUAAGGAUAUUUGAAUUUUAUAUUUGCUCAAACCAUUAUCGUCCUAAACAAAUUUAUCUACCAUCAAAAGAAUAUAUUCAACAUACGUUCAGAGAUUUUAAAAAUGAUCAAGUUUCUUCUUAUAUUGAUUAUUUCCAAGAAGAACAAUUUAGUUUAUGUCAUAUCUAUUCAUAUCCUUAUAACUUAAAAUAUUACUAUACUAUAACAAAUAAUUUUCCAGGUGGAUUAUUUAAAUAUGUUCAGGAAGUAUCACUAUAUGAUGAACGUUCAUUUGAACAUGAAUUUUUUCUUCGAAUUCAGAAAUCAUUUCCAUUUAUUAAAAUAUUGUCUAUAAAAAAUUCGAAACCACAAAAUAACAAAUUAUGCAGAGAAUCAAAGAAUGACAAUCAAGAUGUUUCGAUCAUUAAAUAUCCCUAUCUUAUUAAUCUUACACUUUAUGAUGCUCAUGAUGAUUAUAUUGAAGAAUUUCUAGUUGAUACGAAAAUAUGUUUACCGGAUAAUUCUGUUCAUAUUAACAUUGAUUAUGAGCAACUGGAAAGAGUGACACACAGUUUUACAAGAGAUGCAACACGAAUCAAUUGUGCAAAACUGGAUUCCUUAUGUCUCAAUGGUCGUCGACUUCCUGAAUAUGCAAAAGACUAUUUUCCACAUGUAUAA